CUCACACACUCUUUCUCUCUCUCUCUCUUUUGUUGUUGUUGUUGUUUCUCUACUAAAAAAAUAAUAAUAAUAACAAUAUUAUGCACGGCAACGAUAUCUCUAGUGUAGAAAAAAAUGAUGCGAAACGUUGGUUAAUUAUAGGUGCUCAUCAAGCAGGUGCGAAUCAUAAAAAGAUUGCACGCAUGUGUGGAUUAAGUCAACCUAGUGUACGUCGCAUCAUUUUAAAUUUUCAAAAGACCGGGUCUCCUUCCAUUCCCACUAAAAUGUCACAAAAGGCCAAAUCAAAACCCGUGGUGGAGUAUGACGAGGAAGGGAAUUUGAUUGAUAGUGAGGAUGAAUUACCCCCAGUGACACUAAAAGAAAAGAUUAAGGCAAGACGACCUAGUGCCAAAGACCUGAUUGCCUAUGUGCUGAACAAAGCACAACACGCUGAAGAGUCGGCAUUAUUCGUGCAACCUGAUAAUUGGCGUCCACCCACACCACCACGCGACUCUUUAUUACCUUACAACAACAACAAUGACAGACAACAAAGAGAGGCGAUACAUUCUCCUCCUCUCACAGACUCUUCCUCUUCAUCACCCACACAACAAAACUAUGAAACCAUUCGAGGGUUUGAAUCAUGGACGGUAGAGGAUGAUAAGAUAUUAAUGGCUCAUGUCUUGACAAGACUUAGUGGUUGUCGAUGGCAAGAAGCUGCAUUAAAACUACGUGGCAAACAUUCCGCAACUACAUGUGAAAAGAGAUGGCAAGUCUUGCGAGAUUUAUUAAUUCGUGGUGCUGAUAAAUCAGGCACACGAGGGUGGUAAAGCUCCUUCUAUUUUUUUUUAUUGUUUAAUCAAAAAAAUAAAUAAAAAUUUACAUCUUUUUUAUGCUCAUCAUGGCAAUAACAUCGUCUACAAAAUAAGGUACGAUUUGAGGUAGGAGUGUAAGUACAGGCUUAUCGAUACCUGCAUGAGAGACAUGACUACCACUGCUUUUACUACUUCUUCUGGAAGGAAUAGAAGACUCUGCAUCUGAAUCACUCUCACUACCACUAUUCUCUCUCUUUUCUCCUUCUUCAUCUUCUUCUUCAUCAUCAUCAUCAAAGUCGUGAUAAUCUUGAAUGGCAUUCAUCAUUUCACUGCUUUUGGGUAUAUAUUGAAA